UCUUAGAGCGAACACAUCGAGAAGCUGAACAACGGCCAGAGAGCAAGAAACAAAAAUCAAAUCACCUAUAAAAAAAUACACAAAAUCCAGUUGAAGGAAAAGAAAACAUUUAAAAUUGGUGGCCAAGAUGCAGUGAACAAUGUGCAAGAAAUAAAUAAAAAUUAAUUUGUUUCACGAUCUAGUGUUGGCUAAUCAAAAAGAGACAACAAUUUCCCAGUGAAAACAUUUUUAGCUUGGUUAAAAUAGAAAAUAAAUAGAACUGAAAAAUGGCAAGUGCUGUGCGUGGUGAGAAAUGUGGAAGGAAUCGUUUGAGAGGGCUAAUUAUGGUCCUGUUUUUGGUCAUAAUGUCCGGAAACUCGAAGGCCACUCCCUUCGAUCCUGCCUUCUUCAUAGAGGGUGUGCAAUCAGAGGUGGUCAAUCCUUUCAACAGGACCAUCUUGAACCGAUUCAACUUGACCGAGGAGCAAAUCCUGAGCAUCCAGAACCGCAGCAAUCCAAACAUGAGGGACGAUACGGCCCAGUCUUCUAAUCAGCAAUAUCUGCAGCAGGUCGCCACUCACCGACUCAAUGACAUCUAUAAGCGCGUGCAAAAGGCCAUCUCCAAUGAACCCAAUGGCAGUGUCUCCAAGGAAAAGGCCGGAUUUCCCAUUUGUAAUACGGAAACUACCAGUCCGGAGGAGUGGCCUUUGGGCAACAACGUGACUCUUCAGUUUGCCAGCAGCGUUUUCAUUUCCAACAAUGGCGACCGUUUGAGCAGUGCACUGCUUCGCCUCUACAAGAUCAAUCCUGGCCAGAAUCGCGACCAAAAUCCCACUCAGCUUCCAUCUCAGUCUGUGAGCACAGAGACUCCGGGCAGCAUGGCAAAUUGCGCCGAGCAGCCGCCAGUAGGUCCCCAAAUCCGAGUCACCGUCUCCAUUGUCCAUCAGCAGAGGAAGAAACGUAAGUUAGAGCGCAAGAAGCGCACCUGCAACACCGCUAUGUUGAGCACCUCCUCCACUGGCUGGGUGGAGAUCGAUGUAAAGUGCGCCCUCGCCUACUGGGAGCAGCAACACCGCCAGGAGCAACAGCACCGCCAGCUACUACGCCAACAGCAACCACUACAUCCCCAGUUGACCUCCAGUAUGGUGGGCAUUCUGAUGAUCGAGGUGCACGACGACGAAGAGAAUCCCCUGAAGCCGGGUCUCUACUUCGACCCACCCACUUGUGAUCAGGCAGACGUUGCUGUCCCAUGGGGCGUUUACCGAACAGAACCGUUUAAGUCUUAUCUGGAGAGUUGGACAUUGCCAAGAAAACCAAGGUUAGAUAUUCUCUUCAACGGCAGCAGCUUUAUGAAGAGCAUUUACAACACACCCAAGAACAAAGUGCACAUCGAAUCCACCACAUCCAACUCACCCACGAUCGACAACCAGCUGGACGAGAGCGGCGAUUACGACAGUCAGCAGCGAGGUCGGACUCACCAGCACCAUCAGCGCCACCACCACAGUCACCAGCGCCCGGAAUCGGACUCCGAAUCCGCCCAAAUUGAGGCCGAGCUCGAGGCCGAGGAGCUGAUGUCUUCGGCGAGUAAUAGCGAACAGCAGAUGGAGCCUGUCUCGAAUCACCAUCGCCAUCGAACUGGCCACCACCAUACGCACCAUCAGCUGCAUCAGCAUCGCCAGCACCAUCAUCGUCAUCCCAAACACCAUAAGAGCCAGACCCACAAGCAGGAAUAGAUGUCACAAUCAUCCAACCGAACCCACAUUCUCUCUCACCCACACUCAUGCUGGUCUUAUAUUAAUUUCUUGUUUUAUAUUUGUAACUUUAGGGCCAGUUGACUUAAUUAGUUUUUAGUUGAACGGUUUCCUCUACCGCGUAACCUUAUUUAAAUUAUAUAUUUUUAAAAUUCGUUGUAAGCUAAGCCAAUUUUCGGUCGAAAUUUGAUUUUAAUUUUUAAAAUCUCUCUUAUAUUAGAAGCCUGUGAUUUAGAUGGGGUUGAAUUCGUACAUUUUUGCGCAACAAAAAAAAAUUGUUAGAACCUCAAGAAUGGAAAACAAACCCGGAAAACAUUUAAUACGAAUUUAAGUAAUAUUUUUAGAUCGUAAACAAAAUUAAUCGAUGCCUUAUCGAAGCAUUACAAUCCCAGACUUCUGCACAAUCCACUCGAAAAACCAGCAAGCCAAGGACGAACCAAAUCAAGCAUUUUCGAUUCCAUUGAUAAGCGAUUAUAGUCCCGACACACAAUUUUGUUAUAUAAAUAAGUCACUAGGUUAAAAGUGCCUUCCUGCUAGCAACAGAGCGCCAAUGAGCAGCCCUAAAUCUCGAAAUUCCUUUGCAAAUUGGAACCUUUGGAACCCAAUGUUCUGUUUUGUUUUUAAGAUUUCAUAAGAACCACAUGUUCAUUAAGUCAAACAGCUUACGAUGCCUAAUCCUUCACCUCCAUCCUAACUAAGUGCAUUUGUAUGUCGAUUGCAAUUAUGAAUAAAAAAUGAAAAAAAUAAAUAUAUUAAAUAAAUAUAAGACGCAAA